AAUGAAAGUAAAUAUGUGGUUUCUGGUGCUGUGACAAAGGGAAAUGUAUGUUAUAUGUGGGGGUGGAUCACUUAUUGACAUUACAAACAACCACAUACAGCAUUUGUCUAAGUGUUAGAUUCAGUCUUUCUCGCUCACGUUGUUCCAGUACAACAUCGCAGGUCGUGGCCUCCUGGUUGACUGACUGGUGACUAAGAACUAAGAAGUAGGCUAACUGGCUUUUGCAGUUUGGACCCCCCAAACCCUGGAAUGGCCUUGCUGCAGAAAUUAAGAUUUGGGAGAGAAAACUCCAACCCUAAAGAACACGAAACUCCUCCACUUCUCAGCCAACCAUGGAGGGAAAUAAACUGGAAAAACAAGCAGACCACUCUGCAGUAUGUGAAGGACUACAAACCUAAAACUGAGGGCCAGCUGCUCAGGGUUCUCCUUCAUGGUCCGGUUGGAGCUGGAAAAUCCAGUUUCAUCAACUCUGUCCAAAGUGUCUUACACGGCAGAAUGUACGCCCAGGCUUUGGUGGACAACACCUCUCACGUCUGUUUCACCAAAAAGUACACGACCUACAAUAUCGCAAAAGGCCCAGAUACAUUUUACCCUUUUGUCUUCAAUGACAUCAUGGGCCUGAGUCCAACCGGCAUCCAACUGAACGAUGUCAAACUGGCUAUGAUGGGAAAAGUAAAGAACGGUUACGCGUUCAAUCGUGAUGCUAGGAUGCCAGAGGAGGGCCCAUUCUACAACAAACAACCAACUGACAACGACAAAGUGCAUGUUCUGGUUUGUGUCAUUGAUGCUAACACACUAACCUGCAUGAACAAAGACACUGAGGAAAAGAUUCGCCAAAUCAGGAUUGAAGCCACUCACCUGAGUAUUCCUCAAGUGGCCAUUCUCACCAAGAUUGAUCUGGUCUCUCCUGAAAUCAAAGAAAAUUUACAGAAUGUCUACAAGAGCAAUUACCUGAAGGAAAAGAUGGAGCAGUUCAGUGUAAAUGUGGGAAUUCCCAUGAACUGCAUCUUCCCUGUGAAGAACUACGAUAAAGAAAUCGACCUCAACGACAACGUUGACUCACUGAUCCUGAGCGCCCUGAGAAACAUUAUCAACUUCGGAGACGACUGCAUCAACUUCCACAAAAAUCAGAGUCGUGCUUCUUGUCAAAAUUACAAUCUGUGACAUUAUCAGCAGGAUUUAUGAUUACUUUUUACUUACCACAUUUGUAUGUUUAUUACUUUAAAGCCGUUGAAAACUAACCUUUAUAUCUUCAGUUUGUCUCAGUAAUAUGGAAUAUCAUUGACUAAAUAAGCAGCCAUAAAGUUAAAAAAAGGACAUAUUUGGGUAUUAUAAGAGUUCACUUAACCGCUCAGUUUAUCUGCUACUGUAGGAAUAUGUAGGUUUGGUUUAAUCAGAUUUAAAUUACAUAUGUCAUGAGAUCAUAAAACAUCUUUUUCAAAUAAUUGAGGAGAGCACAGACAAAACAUUCUCAUGUAAAUUGAAUGAAAUUGUUCUAUCUUUGCAUAUUAUGUGUUAAUGUAAGAAUUCAUAACUUAUAAUUUGAAAAAUUAGUUUUCAGGACCUUUCAUUUGCUUUCAGUAAUCUAACAGAACAAUUAGUGUCUCCGUCUUUAUAAAUAGUUUUGUUUAUUGUAAACAAUUAACUUAAUUUUGAAACCUACAUAACUUUAUAUUAUUUACACAGGUCCCAAACAUACAAAAUAGUUCUGGCUGCAUCUAGAAAACCAAGUCUUAUGUUAUAAUAUUUCACCCAAUGUAACCAACAUGUGGCUUCAACAACCAGCUAAAAUACAGUAAAUCUGCUUUUUCAACCUUCAA